CAGUGAUAAAUUUAAUUAUGUGAAUGUGAUUUACAGCACUAUGUGUAAUGAAACCAACCCGUAUCUAGUUCUUUUUCUCUUUGAUGAUGAGUUCUUUAAUUGCCUUGAUAAUGCUUCUCUCUCUCUGUCUAAAUAUAUAUAUAUAUAUAUAUAUAUAUAUAUAUAACAGCACUGAACCUUUAAAUAUGGGACAAAGCUGAAAGUGUGUGUGGGAGAGUUUUAAUGCUUUCCAGUCACUUUUCCUCCCUCUACUUCUCUUCUUCAGUUUUCUUCCUGAAGUCUUCACAUUGUGAUCUCCUAUCCUCAGUGUCUCUGUGAGAGCAUCAAACUCAAUUACUUCUCUCUCUUAAAUUCCUCUAGUGAAAAGCCAACCAAAAGAAAUAACAAAAAAAAAAAAAAAAAAAAAAAACCCUUGUUCUCUGUCUCAUACUCAUCCUCAGUGCUUCAAUUUAUUCCAAAAAUCAGAUCUUUCUGAUUUCCAUUACUGUGCCAAAAAGAAUGAGUAAACAAGACAUCUUGAAGAUGCAGACUUGUGUUCUUAGAGUGAAUAUGAACUGUGAGUGCGAUGGAUGUAAGCAGAAAGUUAAGAAACUGCUGCAUAAAAUUGAAGGGGUGUAUACUACCGCUAUAGAUGUAGAACAAGGGAAAGUGACAGUAACAGGAAAUGUUGAUCCUGCCACACUUAUAAAAAAGCUUGUGAAGUCAGGGAAACAUGCUGAGCUAUGGGGACCCCAAAAGGGUUCAAACCAUCCCAAUAACCAGUUCAAGAACAUGCAAUUUGACAACUUCAAAGGUGGGAAAGACAACAAGAAGUUGCAAAAGGGUGGAAAGGACCAACACAAGGGUGGCCAACAACAAGCCCAACAACAGAUGCAACAUCAUGUCAAAGGGUCUAAAGAUUUUAAAGGCAUGCCUCAAUUCCAGGACUUCAAAGUGCCAUCCAAGGACCAAAAAUCUGUCAAAUUCAACUUGCCUGAUGAUGAUGAUUUUGAUGACGAGGACUUUGAUGAUGAGGAUUUUGAUGAUGAUGAUUUUGAUGAAUUGGAUGAUUAUGAGGAUGACUUUGAUGAUUUUGGUUUUGAAGGUCAUAAUAAUCCACCCACCAAGAUGAUGCCAAUGAUGGGUCAUGGCCAUGGACCCAAUGGGGGGCCUAAGGGAAUGAUGAAUGAUAAGAAGGGUGGGAGUGGUAAUGGUGGGGUUGUCAAAAAAGGUGAUAGUAUUGAUUUUCAUGUGCAAGUAAAGGGCAAUGGUGGAAAAAAUGAUGGUAAGAAUGGAAAUGGAGGAAAGAAAGGAAAUGGUGGAGGGAAUAACAAGGGAGGAAAUCAAAAUGGGGGUGGUGGAAAUGGUAAAAAUGGUGGCAAAAAUGGUGGUGAGUUAUCAGGGAAAGGUAAAAAUGGAGGAGGAAAAAAUAAGGGUGACAAUAAAGGAAGUGUUGGUGGUGAUGGGAACAAGAAAAAAAGUUGGAAGUUUUGGGGCAAGAAAGGGGGAGAUAAAUGUGAUGGGGACCAAAAAAUGAACAAUAAGCAAGAUGGGUUCCAUGAUUUUGAUGUCAGUCUUGGAGCUGGUGGUAGGAAGGUGGGUCAGGUGGAUGUCACUCAUGGUCCUGGUGGUAGGAAGGGGGGUCAGAUGGAUGUCAGUCAUGGAGCUGGUAGUAGGAAGGUGAGUCAGAUGGAUUUCAGUCAUGGAGCUGGUAGUAGGAAGGUGGGUCAGAUGGAUUUCAGUCAAGGGCAUGGUGCAAGAAAUGUGGGUCAGAUGGAUUUCAGUCAUGGACCUGGUGGAAGAAAUGUGGGUCAGAUGGAUGUAAAUUAUGGGCCUGGUGGUAGGAAUGGGGGUCAGAUGGGUAAUUAUCCAAUGGCUCACAUGGGGAAUAUUCCGGCAGUGCAAGGAGUGCCGGCGAUGGCAGCAAUGAACAGUGGAUACCAUCAAGGGAUGGGGAGUGGAUACCAUCAAGGGAUGAUGGGGCCAGGCAAUCCAAGGUGGGGGAAUGGGAAUGGGAAUGAUAUGUUCCAACAAAUGAUGUAUGCGCGGCCGCCACCGGCGGUGAGUUAUGGGCCACCAAUGCAGCCUCCGGUGACCGACAAUUUCACCCACUUCUUUAGUGAUGAGAAUACUGGCAGUUGCAGUGUUAUGUGACUGGCCAGACUACCCCAACACUGUUUUGGUGUUACCCUGUUAGGUUUGUGCCUUUAUGGUGUGGUGCUUCACUUCUAUCCAAGAGUCCAAGGCUGCAAAUAUCAUGUGCCUUAUAUUACUUGGAACUUUUUUGUAAUGCUUCUUACUCUUUCCUCUCAAAGUUCUUACUUUGCCUAGUUAAUCUUAGGGUUUAUUUUUAUAUUGAAGUGUAUUUUAGAGUGGGAAUUGUAAUUGGUUGGGUAUGAGGAAAUUGUUCAUGAUGUGCUCUUAUGACUCCAUAAGAUAUCUGAUGAUACAAAGGUGAUAACAUUAGUGAGGUUUGUAGCUUUCUUUAGAAAAUAUUGUAUCUACAUCUACUUACAAGUUUGUAUCAAAUGGAUGAAUGUGUAACAACUGUCCAAUUCAAUUUUCAAGUCCAUUAUGUUUCACUUUCUAUAAAUUUGUAUUGAAUGUUUUUUUUUUUUUUUGGUUAAGUAUUGUUUGAAUG